CCCAGGGAGUGGCACUAUUAGAAAGUAUGGUCCUGUUGGAGUAGGUGUGUCACUGUGGGCAUGGGCUCAAGACCCUCACCCUAGCUGCCUGGAAGUCAAUCUUCCACUAGCAGCCUUCAGAUGUAGAUGUAGAACCCUCAGCUCCUCCUGCACCAUGCCUGCCUGGAUGCUGCCAUGUUCCUGCCUUGAUGAUUAAGGACAGAACUUCUGGCCCUGUAAGCCAUCCCCUGUUAAAUGUUGUCCGUAUAAGAGUUGCCUUGGUCAUGGUGUCUGAUCACAGCAGUAAAACCCCCUAACUAAGACAACUGAGUAGCUGGCCAUUCCUUUUUUUCCACCAUUCUUACCCACUUUUCCCAGCUGUCUGAGUUCAUUCGGACCUUGCAAGUUCUAAAGAGCAAAGCAGGGAUACCCAGGACCAAGAAAGGCAACUAAGGAGAGGUUAGAGGGCAUGCCUUGUGGCCUGGGGACAAGAGGGCUAUUGACCAGGAAACUAGCCAUAGACUAAUGCAGCUCCAAGUGCCUGUGGCUGGGACAGGGCACAGAGGAACCUAGGAACUGGUCACCAAGUUGUUUUAACGACUCCACCUCAGAUGCCUUGGCCAUUCAUCCUCUGAAGGAGUGGGCACUUAUAUACUGGCUCACAAGCACCAGCUUCAGUUCCUCCUCCUCCACAUAAGGCUCAAGUAACCAAGCUUUGGUCAACCAAAUCUCCGAGUCUCCCAUGAGGGACGGUGUGCACAGUGCUAGCCAAGCCCUUGGUCUGGCUCACUUAAUUUUUAAAUCCAGCUCAUCUUUCUCCAAAUAGGGGUCUUAGGUGGGGAGGAAGGAGGGCAGAGACACUCGCUGAAUUUAUUCUUUUUGUUCCCAUGGUCAGGGAGGCCAUUAGAGUCUAUGUUGGGGCAGGUGCUCAGGAAGACCAAGUAAUUACUGGACCCUCAGAAAACAUGUGUUCCUCUUCCUCCCAUCAUUAACUCUGAGAACCCUUCCUUCCACUGGGUGUGGAGGGGAAGGAUGCUGAAGAAGGGGCUCUGAAGUCUGGUUCAGGGCCCUUGUUUUAGGUUUUAGGAGCCUAGUUUGUCUGCUCUGAAGUAUGACUGUGACUCUAGCUCUCAAAGGGUUCAUGCUACCGAUAAAAGCAGAGUCCUCGAGCAAGAUGGCGGCUGUUGCGGUGCUGGAGUCGAAGCGGACCGGGAAUUGGAGGAGCUUUUAGAAAGUGCUCUUGAUGAUUUUGAUAAAGCCAAACCCUCCCCAGCACCCUCUCCUACCAUCUCGGCCCCCGAUGCUUCAGGGCCCCAGAAGAGAUCGCCAGGAGACACUGCCAAAGAUGCUCUCUUUGCCUCCCAAGAGAAAUUUUUCCAGGAACUGUUCGACAGUGAGCUGGCUUCCCAAGCCACCGCAGAGUUUGAGAAGGCAAUGAAGGAGCUGGCUGAGGAAGAGCCCCAUCUGGUGGAGCAGUUCCAGAAGCUCUCAGAGGCAGCUGGGAGAGUGGGCAGCGAUGCAAGUUCUCAACAAGAAUUUACUUCUUGCCUAAAGGAGACAUUAAGUGGGCUAGCCAAAAAUGCCACUGACCUUCAGAACGCAGGCAUGUCUGAAGAAGAACUGACGAAAGCCAUGGAAGGGCUGGGCAUGGAUGAAGGAGACGGGGAAGGGAACAUUCUCCCCAUCAUGCAGAGCCUCAUGCAGAACCUCUUGUCUAAGGAUGUAUUGUAUCCAUCCCUGAAGGAGAUCACCGAAAAGUAUCCAGAAUGGCUACAGAGUCACCAGGAGUCUAUUCCCCCAGAGCAGUUUGAGAAGUAUCAGCAGCAGCACAGUGUCAUGGGCAAAAUCUGCGAGCAGUUCGAGGCAGAGACGCCCACAGACAGCGAGGCUACUCACAGGGCUCGCUUUGAGGCGGUACUCGAUCUUAUGCAGCAGUUACAGGACUUGGGCCACCCUCCGAAAGAGCUGGCUGGGGAGAUGCCUCCUGGCCUCAACUUUGACCUGGAUGCCCUCAAUCUAUCGGGCCCACCAGGUGCUAAUGGCGAACAGUGUCUGAUCAUGUGAAACACAACACGGUUUCCUCCCUGAGUCCCAGCCAUGGGGAACAUCUGGAAUCAACAGAGUCACUGGGAACUGAGGCAGGAGUAUCAUCCGUGGGAGCUGCUGCCCCACACUCUCUACAUCCCAUUCAAGACUGUGCCAUACCAGCUGAGGACCUGUUGUAGGCCUUUUCUAUGAGCCCUACUCCAUUAUGGUGUCUGCUGUUAGAAACGGGCCAAUUAUUUGCUAGGUGAAGGAAGGCAUCCCUUGUGGGGCAUUUUACUUCUUCCCACUCUCCAAAAUAAUGUUACAUGUGGUGGUACUCAUGUUCCCCUUGAUUCCCAGGGACUUUGUGCCUUGUUUCUACUCCCUCCCUUGUGUCUGGGAGCAAGAGCUAAGUCCUAAGACUGCUCUUCUCUUAGGCAGGGCCUCUGGGAAUGAGGAGAAAGUAGCCUGGGUGGGGCUGGAGGCUUGUCACAGUAUCUGCUAGCCUUCUUUUGGAAUUCUCCGAAGGGAAAGGAAUUUUGCACUUAGCAGGUUGAAAGCAAAGCCUUGGGCAUUUCCUGUCCUUAGGUGCUGCGCCCUAAUUCCCCUUUCCUCCUGAGAGCUCAAGUUGAUACCCUGGUUCUUUCUACAACUCCAUGAUUUAGGGGACCCCCGCUCUUGACUUUGCUUUGCCCCAUGACUAUCCUUACCUCCUCUCUUUAGAGUCUUAUUUAUUCCGCUCUUUUUAACUAGGGCUGUGAUGGAUGGAGGCUAAUCUUGUUUCCUUUCAUCUAGUACCUGGACCAUUCUCACUAGACCCUUCUCUGCCUCUUUGGCCAACACAUACUUGUGGUGUCAGAUCUGGUACAUGAAUGGCCAUUCUACCCAGAUAGAUUUUGGUUUAUUUAAGACAUCAGAUUCCCUAGAAUCCUUGGUUCAGGAAGGCGCUUGGGAAAGGGGUGUAGCCAGAUUCUUUUUUUUCCUGCAAGCCCCAUGGGGCAGUGUCCAAUAAAUAUUCUGACGAGCGUG